GACUUGAGUCCAGCCUCCAGUCCCGCGUGCAGUUGUUCAUUGGGUGAACACAAACAGAUGAACAGCACAGACCUGUUGCGAAGAAUGUGACAGUAAAACAUUUUACUUAAAUUGUAGAAGCACGUCAGUCCAAACUCUGGCACUUUUGUUGUCUCUGGUAUUUGUGUUAAAGAAGCCAUGGAGCCCAUAACUAAGUGGACGCCAAAGCAAGUUGUCGACUGGAUGAAAGGUUUAGAUGACAGCCUUCAGCAGUAUGUUAGCAACUUCGAGCGGGAGAAGAUCAGUGGGGAGCAGCUACUGAAGAUAACACAUCAAGACCUGGAGGAGCUCGGUGUAGCCAGGAUUGGACACCAGGAACUGGUGCUAGAGGCUGUUGAUCUACUCUGUGCUCUGAACUAUGGGGUAGAGACAGACAACUUGAAGAAUCUGGUCGUGAGGAUGAGAGCUGCCACCAACAGUCUACACAUGGCCACUUCUGACCGCAGGAGAAGCCCAGCGUACGAUGGCAGCACCUCACGCAAGCCACCCAAUGACUUCCUUACCUCUGUGGUGGAGCUGAUCGGUGCUGCAAAGAGCCUCCUGGCUUGGCUCGACAGGACACCUCUGACAGGGAUCAGUGACUUCACAGCCACCAAGAACAAGAUAAUUCAGCUGUGCCUGGAGCUCACCACCACAGUUCAACAGGACUGCAGUGUUUACGAGAUGGAAGAGAGGAUCCUGGAAGUUUCUAAGAUUUUGAACAGCAUCUGUGAUCAGACCGUGAGAACCACCUCUGACCCCCUGAUGAGCCAGUCUGCCUGUCUGGAAGAAGUGCAGCUGACCAAUAUCAAACCAGGAGAGGGUCUGGGAAUGUACAUCAAGUCUACCUAUGAUGGUCUACAUGUCAUCACAGGAACCACAGAACAUUCACCUGCUGACCUAACGAGGAAAAUCCAUGCUGGCGAUGAGGUGAUCCAGGUUAACCAGCAGACAGUGGUGGGCUGGCAGCUGAAAAACCUGGUUAUCAAACUGAGGGAGGACCCCAAAGGUGUGGUUCUACUACUUAAGAAGAGGCCCACAGGCACAACAGGUUUCACCCCUGCCCCACUCAAGAACAUGCGCUGGAAGCCCCCAGUACCACAGAACAAUUCCUCCUUGAUCAGAUCCCAGUCUCCCUGCGGCUCAGCCAACAGAUCAACCAAAAAGGAGAAGCCAGCUAUCCUGGACUUGUACAUCCCCCCUCCUCCUCCCAUGCCGUACACCCCUCGAGAGGCGAGAACAGACACUUUCUCCAGUAUUAGUAAAAAACCAAAAGGCUCUGAGUCACCCAACUCCUUUCUGGACCAGGAGAGCAGAAGGCGCUGCACCAUCGCAGAUUAUGACAAACUAAGCGUUGGCUGUCCCAUCGAGGCCAACGUGAUUCAGCCCAGAAUGAGGGAGCACAAGCCCUCACGUGGGAAGCCCCGGCCUCUCUCCAUGCCAGUGGACACUUGCAUUGGAGUGGUAGAUCCCUACGCUAAGCCCUGGACACAAGGAAGGAAAGGUGAAGACCUUCUGUAUAGAUACCUGAGCAAUGAGAGGAUCCCCACCAUUGCAGAGGAGGUCCCCUCAGUGUCUCCGCCCUACAGGCCUACAGGGGAACGUCACCUCGUCAGAGUGGACCACAUCAGGGGCAGCCGCUACUACUCCAACUCAGACCUCCACAACAGUGCCACCAUGCCCUACCAGGAGGACAUGAGAAAGGCCCCUGUAGUCUCCAAGCGUACAGCGGCAGAACGCUCACUACUGGGAUCCGAAUGGCACUCUAGCAGUGAUUUCCUCAACCGGUACAAUCAACCACAAAUGCGAUCCUGGUCCUUCUCUCAAGCAGCUGCCUUCCCCAUAUCUGUAGCUCCUUCUAUGGCUGCCGAUGACUACAACCCCGUCUCCCUCCGACACAAAUCCAAGAGGAAGACCCGAGGAGGCAAUGGUACGAUGAGCAGGAGACGCAUUUCAGUCAAAGAGCUGGGGCAGCCAGACCACCAGGGCUGGCUGUACAGGAAGAAAGAGAGCAAAGGUUUCCUGGGGAUCAAAUGGAAGAAGUACUGGUUUGUGCUGAAGAAGACCUCUCUCUACUGGUACACCAACCAGCUGGCAGAGAAAGCUGAAGGUUACAUUGACCUCACCAACUUCAUGAUUGACAGAGCCAUAGAGUGCAAGAAGAAACAUGCGUUCAAAGCUUGCCACCCACAAGUCAUGAUGUUUUACUUUGCUGCUGAGAGCCACGAGGAGAUGAAUUUGUGGUUGAAUAAGCUUGGCCUGGCCUCCAUUCACUAUGAACCAACGGAACGAAACCCUGCAGCUGAAUGUUAUAGUGAAGCCAGUGACCAUGAAGAAGCUGAAACCACAGAUAUUCCCCCUCCACCAUACUCUGAACAAACCCUGAGGGACUCUACGGAUGCAUCUGGUCCACCUGGUAGCACACAUCAGGGUACCCUCCCCCCACCUUACUCCUCCACGGUCCCCAACGAAACCAAUGGUUCACUCUCAUCCCCCGUCAGUACGAUGACCUCACAGAGCUCCGCCUCCUCGCUCACCAAGCAAAGGCAGUCCUGGUUGGACCUCGUCUCGCAGGCAUCUGCUUCCACAGGGGAAACAGCUGUGGUGUGCUCAGUUCAGGUACACUCGCACCAGCCUCCACGAGAGGAGACAGAAGAGGAGGAAAACACCCAGGUGUUGGACAGCUCGUCUCGGCAGGAGUCUCUGGAAUCAGGGUCCAAUGAGGAAAACCCUGCCGAAGACAAGGAGGAGGAGGAGGAGGCGGCGCAGAGGAUUACAUCUGAUGCUCAAGAAGAAAGGUAUCAUGACUCAGAUGAGAUGGAGAAGCUGUAUAUUCAUCUGAAAGAGGCCAGCCUGUCACCAAUAGGAGAUCGCAAACCAUCCACGAAAAGGGAAUUCAGGGCCUCCUUUAUAAAACGCUGUAAAAAUCAGACUGUAAAUGAUAGACUGCACCUUGUCAGGACUCUCAACAGCACAUUGAAGUCGAAAGAAGCAGACCUGCAGGCAAUAGAGCAGGUGUUGUCGGACCCACAGCUUACCUCAGACAAGUUCAGGGAGUGGAAGGAGGCCAACACACCCUUGGUGCACGAGAUCCUAGUUAAACAUGACCAGCAGGUGGCAUCAGAGGCCACAAAAGCUGCAGCAUCAGUCAUUGCUGCUCCAGUGGUUGAGACCAGUUUAUAAACACUGCUGACUGGUUUUAUUAUGUCUGGACUUGGAGGAUAUGUACGUUGAUUACACACACACAAACACACACAAACACACUGCUGUUUUCAGUUAAGACUACUGUUCCAUAUCAGUGGAAUUUACAAAAUGUUCAACUUUAAAUAACUGGAUCAAUGAAGAAGAGUGUGUUUAGUAACUAAAUGGAGACGGUACAGACAUUAUAUGGUUAGUCACAUUAAAAUGUGAAAUGUGUCUUAGUAUUGCUUUUAUAGUUUGAUUUGUAAGAUUAGCUAAUUUCGCAGAUGGUUGUUUUUAUGUUGUCAUUCUGUGAACCUGUGCAUAAAUUGUUCUAAUAUUUGGAACAGUGGAGUACACUGAAAUAAUAGAUCCAUUGUUCUGUGCAUGGAAACACUUGUUUUUACGGUAUGUUUUAUCUACUUUGUUUUCAUCAAUAGUGAACACAUUUUUUAAACUGUUUUCAGUCUAUUAUUGGUGCCAUGCACCAUCACUGCCUGUUACACACAUGUUUUGCAACAAAUAAUAGGAAUGAUUGGUAUGUAUUGCUUGCCCUAGAAAUGAUAUUGUCAUACUUAUCGUGAUGACUAAACAUCAGGGCCUGCACUAAUAGAACAAAUGUUGGCCACAAAUGCUGAUAAUUUAAAAUUUUAAUUUCUAAGAAUCUCCGUGUCAAGUUAUCAUUACUACAAGGUAAUUUAAAGCGAAGAUAUAUGAAAUCACUUCAUUUUCAGUGGAAAAGGCUGUGUAAUUAUUUAUACUAAACCACAACAUUUUUUCAAAAAAAAUUAAAUUCCCAUUCAGUGUGCCUUUUUUACAAAUCAGCAACAAUGUUAUAAACAGUUCGCUGGACAAACAUCAGCCAUUGUGUGACUGCAACUAGAGCAACUGAGAACAGCAGAUUUAGUCCAGUAUGAUUUUUUUCUGAUUGAUAUUUUAUUUGUUGUGCAUGUUAAAUAUUAACUAAGUGUAAAUAGUUGUACAUAAAUGUAUGUGAUGCUGAUUAUGUAUGAUCUCGAGUCAGUGUGUUUGUAUACGGGGAAAUAAAGUAUUAUCCCAAAAGUGAACAUCUUCUACGGCAACUU